AUGGCUUCAGGAAGCCCUUUAUCUAUCGAAACAUAUCUUCAAAAUUGGGAAGAAGUUUGUUCAAACUUUUAUACGAAUGAUGAUAAACUUGCAGGCACAAUCGUUGGACUUGUAGAAUUUGCUUCUCAUUCUAACGGGGAAGUAACCUUAAAUUUUUCCAACGUUGACAAAACUAUGGUGGAAAAUGAAAAAGAUUUAGAACAACUUUUUAAUAAGAUUGGAUUUAACAACGGUGUAAUGUUAUUUCCAAAAGAGUUCGAUAAAUAUCUUGAAACAAAACGUAAAAUACGAUCAGAAUUCCAUCGUAAGAAAGCCAUAGAACUUCAUGAAGAAUUAAACGGUUUAUUAAAUUCUAAACCGGCACAAUAUACAUCUUUACAUCGUCAUUCGGAAUUAUCGACUUUUGUUAAGCAAUAUAAAAGUUCGAUAGGUGCAAAACCUUUCAUUAAAUCGUUAUUACGUAUGUUUCAAUUACAAUUAAGACAAUCAACUUUAAUAAGCUGGACCUUUUUGGAUGAUAUAUUUACUCAAAAUGGUCCCGAUUUUAUGAGAGCUAGCGUUAAUUUAUUAGUUAACGUUUUGGGUUUCACUCAUACGGUUCAGCAAGCUGAUGAAAGUGGUCAAGGAGAUAAUUUGAGAACUUGGUAUAUGAACAGUUCAUUAAGUGAUACCAAUAUUAAAUCUUUAAUUGGAACCUUUCCAAAAGAAAAUUCUUUUGGUAAUGUAGGUGCAACUGGUUCCAUAGAAUUAUCUUCACAACAAAGACCUAUCGAAAUGACUUCUUCUAGAGGAAAUAUUAUUAGCAGGUUAUGUUAUUUACCUAUAAACAUUCUUUUGUUCUGGUGGGGUCUUGCAAGAAUGUGGUUAGAUUUUUGUUUUGGAAUCAUCGGAUUUAAAAAGAACAAACCGGAGGAUUCUUCCGAGUUGCGUGUCUAA